AUGUGGAGGCGGCCCGGCUCACGCGAGGAGGCGGUGCGUGCGCUGGAGUCGCAGCUUCAGAAGUCGGCACACGCCUGGAGCCGCGAGCAGGACGACCUGCUCGGCCAGAAGAAGCAGCAGGCGCAGCAGCAGCUGGAGGAGCACCGAGCCGAGCUGGAACGGCUGCGGGGCGAGGCCUCCUCGCACGGCCAGCUGUCUCGCUCCAGCGUCGGCGCCCUACACACGGACAUCUCCCGGCUCCGCACGCAGAUGGAGGACAAGGCGAUCACCCACGAGAAGGAGGUGGCGUCACUCUCCCAUCAGAUCCUGGACGCGCAGCGCCAGCGUGACUUGACGGACGCGGCGCACGGCCAGGUCAAGGUCAAGCUCAAGGUCACGGAGGAGCACCGCGAUAGGCUGGAGCGUGACCUCACCGAACUCAACCGCAAGCUGAGCGAAGUGGAGACCCAAAACGCUGACUGCAACCGCUCUUUGGCGGACACCAAGCGGGCUUUGCAGAGGCUGAACAUGAGCUGGCAACUUCUGGACGGCGCGCAGGAGAGCUCGGCCAAACAGAGCCACGAGCUGCGCACCCAGCUGCGCGACCUGGAGCGGCAGGACGCCAACGACACGCACAAGAACGACAUCCACAACCUGCAGGUCCAGAUGCGGGACCUGGAGGCGGUGCGAGAGGGCCUGCAGAAGCAGCUGGCCGAGUGCCGCGCCACCGGUCACCGGCUCGAGGAGGACAAGGAGAACCUCGAGAUCCGACUGAGCGCCUCCAGCCAGGAGGCCACCGACCUCAAGGUGCGCCUGGUGGCCUGGGAGGAGGCCAACAAGAAGCGGGAGCGCGAAACCAAGGCCCUGCAGGAACGGCUGGUGCGGCUCGAGACGGCCAACACCAAGCUUCAGCUGGAGAAGGAGGUGCUGGAGGACAAGCUGGGCAUGCUGCGCAGCCAGGAGAGCCAGCAGGAGGAGGAGCGACGCGCGCUGCGCCACAGCCUGGAGACGGUGGAGCAGCAACGUGGCCAGACCGGCCAAUAG